CUUCUCCGGGAGCGGCUCAAAGCCGGAGGGUGGCGCCAGGAAAACGGGAAGCAGCUUCAGCAGCCAGAAGGAGCUCGAUGGAGGAAGGGGGGGUGGGGAGAAAGGAAAGGAAAUUCCCCUCGCCGCGUUUUGCCAGGCCUAGGCCGGCAUCUCCCUCUCCCAGCAACUUUAAAAUCCUUAAGAUCCCUUUCCCGCCCCACAGGGGGAUUCCCUCUCCCCUACAGGGUGUAGCCACUCACCCAGCCCUACUAUGCCUUGCCCCCGCUACAGAGACGCCACCCAGCUGCUCCCCACUUCCCCUCCCCGCCACGCAAUCCUACAACCGGUGUCCAAAUGCGCCCGCGCGUGCCAUGAUGCCCACGCCGCGGUUUCCAAUCCGCGCAACGUGGCCCAGGCAGCUCUGCACCCCCCCCCAAAACAACCACUACCACCACCGCUCCUCUGCCCAUCCCCGCAAGUAGGUAGGGUCGGCCUCUUCCCACCCACCCCAAAGCGUUCGUCCCCUCGGAUCAAACCAUUGCGCCUACCGACCAACCUCUCCUGCGUAUAAUCCGCUUUUGGCAAGAGGGUGAAAUUACCGGGCAAUAUGAGAUCUACAACCCUGCGCAGCAGCGUCUACGUCUGGAAGGAAGCCAGUGUGCGAAUGCGAGAGGCUGCAAGUUUUUGCCCUCCUUCACACUCUUGCCACGAUUGGAUUGGUCCUCCUGAUCGAUGUUCAAACCUCCGACCAGUAAUAUUUUAUAUAUCCAAACACGAAUCCCCACUGGAACGAAGGCUUAGAGAGCUUAGACAGGAAACUCAGGUUUGGAAUCAGCAGUUCUGGGCAGACCAGAAUAUAUCAUUUAGAAAGGAAAAAGAAGAAUUUGUCUGUUCCAAAUUGAAAUCCAAAGGUCUACAACUGAGAGAUGAAAAAGGCCAGAAAAUAACAUUGUCUGCAGAAGAAAUGGCUGAAUUUUACAAAGCCUUUUUAAGCAAAAACUUUAAAAAACAUUUCUAUUAUAACAGAGAUUGGUAUAAACGAAAUUUUACCAUCACAUUUCUCAUGGGACAAGUGGCGUUUGAGAAAGCUUGCAAGAGAUUUGGAUUGAAAAAGAGUGAAGCUGAAAGCUAGUAGGUCACAGUGCUGCAUAUAUUUGAUGAAAGGCCUAAUUAUUACUGGAAUCAACCAUGGCUGUUUCUUAAAAUCAGAUAUUUGAAGCUACAUGAAUGCAAGUUGAACAGCACUUCCCAUUCUACUUCAACGAAGCCAACUACCAUUGUUUAUGCUACAGAACCGUAGUUAAAAGCUUCCUUGGUGAGAGAUGAACUGCACCAAUAAAAGGAAUCUUUCUUCCUGAUUUGAAAAA